AGGAAUAUUACAGUUGCAUUGCAUAUUUCUUCAGAAAAGGAAACAUAAUCUAGAGUGUGUUGAAUCAGAGUGAUGUAUUUCUAGGGAAAAGACCUGAAACACAUUGCAGAUGCUCUGAAAAGUUCGUCUAAAGCGAGGAGCGUGACGCUGGAGGACGAGGACUGGAACUGGACGGCCGAUAAGAAGAAGACGCCGCUGAGGCGCUCUGGAAGCGUUAAAGAUCUCAUCUACAGGUUCGACGGGUCACCGCCGUGCCUCGGCUCGCUGAAGAUCAAGAGGCAAGACUCGAGCGCACAGGAUUCUGGGAACAUGACACAUGAGAGCAGAGAGAUAGAGAAGAGCCUGGUGUCUAGUGAAGCACAAGAAGUGAGAGAAGCAGAGAAGAAGAACGAGGACAAGCCAGACGCUCCUGAAUCCGGUCCAUUUUCCAGCUUAAACGGCGAGAAGCAGCACAGCAGUCCUGUGUCCGAGGACGAGCCCAUGACCCCGAAAGUGCGUCCCAACCCCAAAUACCAGCUCUACCUGGGCUCCAACGGCUCCAGCGGCUCCAACGGAUCCAACGGGGCCCUGCUGAGGGUCAGUCCUGUGAGCCGAGGGUCCAUGGAGUCGCUCUCGUCCCGGGACGGGGACAGCUUGUCCGAAAGAACGGCUGGGAUUGAAAGUCCUCCCCGAGGUUUCAUCAGUCCGUAUUCAACGCUCUCGCUCGACUACAAUCCCUUCAACAGAACGUCUGACUUUAAGACACAGGAAGUGAUGUCACCCGGCGUCUCUGAGAUGAACCUGUUCGGUCUGAACAGAAGCGUGAGUCCCGUUAACAGUCCGUCUCUGAGCCAGCGCACACGGAUCCCGGGAUACGACAGUCUGCCUCGCCGACGAGACAAGGCGACUCCAAGUCAACUCAUGCAACGAAACAACCAAACCAAACCGAACAAACUGGACUUCAUCCAGGAGCUGACCAAACAGCUGGAGGACUGCCGCAGGAGGAACCAGUUUCUGGAAGCGGAGAGCAUCGAGAUGGAGAAGGAGAGGAACCAGAUCCGCUUCGAGAUGCGAGGUCUGCUGGUGAACAACGAAGAUCUGCUGCGGACGAACACACAGAUGCAGGGCGAGAGCAACCGUCUGCGAGAGAAGAUCGUGGAGCUAGAGAGCAACUACAACGUGAUGCAGGAGCGCUUCAGACAGAUCGAGAAAGAGCUGAAGGAGGCGCGUGAGGUGAUGGUCGAGGCAAACACUCAGGAAUACGCUUUCAGCUUCCUGCAGCAGACGCUCAAGAACCAAAUACAGGACACUGAGGAAGCUCUGGAGAAACAGACACAACACGCUCAGACUGUGUCAGAGAAACUGUGGCUCGCCGAGAGGAGCCUGGAGGAACUACAGCUGGAGAAGGAGAAUAAAGCCAAGAAAACUCUAGAACUCACCAACACUGUGUUCAGACUGGAGACAGAGCUGGCAGACGCUCUUCAGGAGGUGAACCAGGCUCGAGCGGAGCUGAGUUUGCAGCAGAAGCUGAGAUCUGAUGAUCUUCUGCGGAUGGAGGAGCUGGAGGAGAGCGUGACGGAGAAGGACCAGGAGCUGCUCCGCCUCACACAGAUCGUCAGCAGACUGCAGGGAGAGGUGACAGAUAAGCUGAGUGAUAAGGAGCAGACGCUGGAGGAGGAGAUCCAGCUGCGAGAGCGUGUUCAGCUGCAGUGUAAACAGGCCGAGAGGACGGUGGAGGAUCUGCGCAUGGAGCUGCAGACGCUGGGACAGUCUCGAGACGAUCUCUCCAAACAGCUGAAGCUGGCUCAGGAGAAGAUCAUCGAUCUGGAGGCAGAUCUGGAGGAGCUGCAGGAGAACGAGCAGCGAUGGGCGUCCAAACACAAGAGAGCUCUGGAUCAGUCGGAGCAGAUGCAGAUGAAGCUCAUCCAGGAGAAAGAUCUCAACGAUCAGCUGGAGUGUGAGAAGGCCAUCCUUGAGAGACAGCUGCGGGAUCUGCGCCGAGAGAUGGAGGAGCUCCAGAAUAACAGAGUGGAGGUGGAUUCAUUCACCAGAGCCGAGAUUAAAGCCAAAGAACUGGAGAACACACUGAGAGCUGAGGAGAGGAAUAAAGUGGUGAUGAGCAACACCAUCAGCAAACUGGAGAAGAAGAUCCAUGAGCUGACGGAGCAGAUGGAGGAGGAGCACAAGAUCGCCACAGAACAGAGAGAUCUGAUGACUCAGCGCAUGCGUUCACUGAAGCGGCAGCUGAACGAAGCCGAGGAAGAAGCGAGUCGACGGGACGUCAAGCACCGACAAACACACAGAGAACUGAUGGAGGAAAGAGAGACUAACAGCCGUCUGCAGAGACAACUACUGGACCAACAGCUGCAGAGCAAGAGGAAAGAGUCGAGACAAACUCUGGAGAACCUGAAGCUGCACCUGAGUGAAGAUGAUGGUGAUGAUGAAGAGGAGUAACAGACUGAAUCCCCUCAGGUGUGACCAAACCCAAGCUCAAACUAGACCAGAACCUGCCAAAACCCUGAACGUAAACCCACUGUCAGACAGUUUCUAAGACUUCAGCCCGAGUCCAGGUCUACGAGACCAAGACCAGAUCCAGCGAAGCUCCAUUCUUCCGGAAAAGCUCUUUCCUGACGCUCCUAGGAUUUCCAGGAGGAUCUGCUUUACCAAAUCUGGUUUCAUGUGGUUUACAGUAAGCUACCGUGUGCAUUAGUUCUUUAUCAAGCUCUCCGUUCGCUUUCUGUUGUUGUUUUCUCAGUUCCGUCAUAUAUGCAAAUGACAUCAUGCAUAUAUUAAUAUAAUCUAGAUAGGAAUAACUAUCGAUGAUGAUGUUCUGAGAUGUGUUUGCAUGUGUUCAGCGAUGAGGACAGGUGAAUGUGCUGAUAUUAUUCUGCUGAAGUUAUUAAGGGAAUGGUGUUUAUUAAGUGUCUCUCACUGAAAUACAGCAGCAGGUUUAGCUCCAGGGGCUUUAUAUGGAGUUUAACGUUUAACGUGGAACUACCAAAUGGUAAUAAAAUAUUAUAUUUCAAGACUUUUUUUGUGUGCAUGUCUACUUGAUUUAUAACUUUAAUAACUGUCUAAUAAUUGACUGUCAAUUCAUACAAAUAUGU